AUGAACUAUAAGCUUAUAUGCAAGCCAUUAACACUUCAUUCUCCUGCACAAGUCAAGGCAGUAGAUUGCCUCACAAGUAGAUGGUUGGGUUGCAGCUUUAGACCCUCCGUUGCUUCUCUCUUGACAGCUUCAAGGUUCCAUGGCUCCCUUCCGCAUUCUACCGCCCGCUUUGAGGUCGAGAAGCGGUACGCCGCGCUCCUGCGAGCCGCCGCGCAAUCUGGAACGCUUCCCGAUGGCAGAGCCAUCCACGGCCGCAUCCUCCGGACCAUCCCCCACCCUUCCGUUUUUCUUUCCAACGGCUUGGCCAAUAUGUACUGUAAGUGCCGCGCCCUGCCGCACGCCCUCCGCGUGUUCGACGAAAUGCCCAAUCCAGACGUCGUGUCGUGGAACACCGUUGUCGACGGCUGCUUCCUCUCCGGCCUCCGCUUCGACGCCUUGGCUUGCUUUAGGGAGAUGCUGCGAUGCGGUGUCUCUCCCGAUGAGUUUAGUUUCGUCGGAGUUCUUAAAAGCUGCGAUCUUGGCAUGGGGUUUUCGGCUCACUGCGUUGUGGUCAAAUAUGGUCUUGGCGACAGUGCUUUCGUUGCAAGUGGCCUUGCUGAGUUCUAUGCUGUCUAUGGACUCCUCAGUGACGUGAUGAAGGUUUUUGAGAGCUUGGAGCGCAAGGACAUUGUAUUGGUUAAUGCCGUGAUUGGUCUACUUGCUAAAGCUGGGAAUUUUGAAGAAGCUUUUAAGGUGUUUUGCAAUCAUGUUUUGGCAUCACACCUGCUGCCUGUUCGAGCUACUUUUGUUAAUGUGUUGAGUGGGAUCGAUGGGUUUGAAUUCUGGAGGGAGGCUAUUCAAGUUCAUGGCCUGGUAGUUAAAUUUGGGUUUGAGGGGGAUGGUGCUGUGCAGAGUUCCCUUAUCAGAGUGUAUGCUAAUUGUUGUUGCAUGGAUGACGCACAUGAUUUGUUGAGAUAUUCGAACAGCCAGAACGUGAUCACUUGGACCAGCUUGAUAUGUGCGUAUGCAAGCCAAGAACAAUUUCGAGAUGCUUUAGAUGUCUUCUGUCAUUUUUUUCACGACGGCAUGAUGUUGGAUGAUGUUUUGUUAGCUUGUGUUCUUAGUAUUGCAGCUGCUUCUGACUCUCAGAAACUUGGUAUUCAGUUUCAUGCUGUUGUCCUCAAAUAUGGUUUUGGGCUAAAUAACUGCAUCAAUCAUGCCCUGAUGGAUAUGUACACCAAGUGUCUGUGUAUGCCGGAUGCUCUGAAGAUUUUCCAGCAUAUCGGUGAAGACCACAAUUUAUUAUCAUGGACUAUAUUGAUUUCAGGCUAUGCCAAGUGUGGAUCCUCCAUGGAAGCACUGGACACAUUCUACCAGAUGAACAAAGAAGAUAUUAUUGCUGAUUCAGUUGCAUGCAUUGGUGCUCUUAUGGGUUGCACCUAUUUGCAGGCUGUAGAUCAAGGUGAACAAAUUCAUGCCUUUUUGAUUAAAUCAGGCUCAGAGAUGGAUGUCGCAGUCCAGACAGCACUACUGUCUCUUUAUUCUGAAUGCGGGAGCUUGAAUGAAGCAAUUCAGCUGUUUGAAAUGAUGAUUGUACAUGAUGUUGUUUCUUGGACUGCAUUGAUUUCAGCAUAUGCAAAUCUCGGAUGCAAUGAGAAAGCUCUUUUGUGCAUGAAUCAAAUGCUCCAAGAUGAAAUUAAGCCGAAUCACUUCACUUUCGUAAGUGCACUUAAGGCUGCGGCUAAACUAACAUAUCCUGUGAUCGGAAAGUCAAUUCAUGCUGCUAUCGUAAAGUCUGGCCUGGAAGAAGAUACAUUCAUUGGAAGUGCUCUUAUCGACAUGUAUUGCAAGUGUGGAAGCAUAGGAAGUGCAGUAAGCUACUUCAAUGGAGCAUCUAAACAUGACCUUGUUCUCUGGAAUGCUUUGCUUGCGGGGCAUGCACAACAUGGUAAUGUCCUGGAGCUGCUCAAGGCUUAUGAGGAAAUGGUUGAUCGUGGGCUAAAGCCCGAUGAUAUUACAUUCCUUUCUGUUCUCUCCGGUUGCAGCCAUGGUGGCCUUAUUGACAAAGUAGUCCAUUUCUUUAGGAGCAUGAGUGAUGACUAUGGAAUCAGACCACAAAUGGAGCACCAUGCUUGUGUUGUUGGCGCUUUUGGACGUGCUGGUUUACUUACGGAUGCAGUCAGUUUUAUCGAGGGAAUGGGAAUUAAUCCUGGUUCAACAGUGCUAAGAACCUUGGUUAGCUUUUGUAUUAUGUAUGGACAUGUUAGAUUAGGUUUCGCCUCAAUCGCAAAGAUGGUGUUAUUGGGCCAGAUGGAUAGCUCAGCAUUUGUAUUGGUGUCUAAUUUAUAUGCUGUUGAAGAGAAGUGGCAUGAUAGAAGGAAAAUUAGAGAUGUAAUGGAAGCUGAUGUAGUGAACCUGAAGAAGGUUGGUGUGAGCUGGAUUACAUAA